CGUUCAGGUCUUGGGGUCCGGCCCUCCCUUGCACCCGCUCCAGAGGCGGCUUCCGGGCUUCCAAAGGCUGACAGCGCGCUUCUGACCUUUCUUUAGAGGUGGGAGGAGCGGAACCGAGCUUGCCCUCCACCCGGAGCUGAAGGCGUUCGCGGCCGUUCAACUCACGUUCAGAACGGCCUGUAUGAACUUCGCACAUUUUUAUUGUUGCUGUGAAUGAAGGGAAGUCGCUAAUACUGAUUUCUCUCUUGUGGUGACAUUUUCGGAAUGGCUUCCUUUGGAUGGAAGAGGAAAAUUGGCGAGAAGGUCUCAAAGGUCACUUCCCAGCAGUUUGAAGCUGAAGCAGCUGAUGAGAAGGAUGCAGUUGAGAAUGAUGAAGGGAACUGGCUUCAUGCCAUUAAACGUAGGAAAGAAAUUCUCCUUGAAGGCUGUGUUGAGAAAAGUAAAAAGCUGAAGGAUGAAGGAGCCAAUUUGGCUGAAAAUAAAAGAUACCGAGAGGCAAUUCAGAAGUGGGAUGAAGCACUGCAGUUAACCCCAGAUGAUGCUACCUUGUAUGAGAUGAAAUCACAGGUGCUAAUGUCUCUUCAUGAAAUGUUCCCAGCAGUACAUGCAGCAGAAAUGGCUGUCCAGAGAAAUCCACAUUCAUGGGAGUCUUGGCAAACUUUGGGACGUGCUCAGCUUGGAUUAGGAGAGAUAGUCCUGGCAAUUCGAAGUUUUCAAGUAGCCCUUCACAUCUAUCCAAUGAACCCUGAAAUAUGGAAAGAAGACCUUUGUUGGGCAAGAACACUCCAGGAGCAGCAGAGGGUUGCACAGAGUAUUAGACCAUGUGAAGUACCAGCAGAAGUAACACAUUUCUCACCGAAGUCAAUUCCUGACUAUGACUUUGAAAGUGAUGAGAUUGUUGCUGUUUGUGCCGCUAUUGCUGAAAAACAGAAGACAGUUUCAGCAAAUAAAACCAUGGUUAUUGUGUCAGCUUCUGGGGCUGUAGAGACUGUUACUGAGAAGGAAGAUGGUGCUACAUCACCAGAUGGCUCUGUUUUUAUCAAAGCCCGAUGAAGCAUGGCAGAAAUUAUUUGAAUCUGUCUUUUUGAUUGCCACUUCAGGUAUUAGGUGUACGGCUAUUUACUCUGGAGAAACGUGGCAAAACUCUCAUUUGAAAAAAAGUUUUUCAGAUGAGGCAUAUCAAAACUAAAUGGUAGAAUUACCGUAUAGUGUUUGGAUUAUGUUUUGAUAAGUUAUGAUUUAAACUUCUUAAGAUUAGAAUUCUGAGUACCAUAGUUUUGAUUAAUAAACUUAAUCCUAAGGUAUAAGUGAAUACAUUUUAAAAACAACUUGAAAAGUGAAUUCUCAAAUAGUGAAUAACCUCAUGGCCAGUGUAAUUAAAAUGUUGACUCUUUGAUUUUUGUUUUAUGAUAAAGGAUUUCAGUUAUUUCCUUCUUUCCUAGAAACAUACUGCUUCUUACUAUUCACUCUUCUGUUUUUCUUGUUUUAUUAGAGUAAACCUGUAAUGUACUCUUACUUUUUGACGUUUAUUUUGAUUCAAAGUGGUCAUUUGGUUAUAUAUGGAGUCCUUGAAAAUUCUUCUGAAAAUGCAUGCAGAUAUGUACAUUCUGAACAUUUUCUGGAGUUUCUCUUAAUUCUGAUUACAUUUUGACUUUAAAAUUAUUAUAGCAGUGGUAGUUGCUUCCUUCAGUAUUAGAUGUGUGAAGUACUGAUAAAUGUCAGAAUGAUGGUUUUAUUUUUUUAGUUGUUGAAGUAGAUAGAGUAGUCCUUCUCACAAGUGAGUCAUUUUCAAGAUGUGCAUUUUUAAAAUUAAUGGCUUCUAGGUAUGUCAUAACAGGUUACACUGUUAUGUUGUCCCAAAUGAAAGCAGUAUUUUCUUAUCCUUAUCUUUAAAAGCUUAAAAAACCCUGAAAAUAACUAUCUCUUGAUUAUAACUUUACAGCUGAUGGUUUGGAAUUCCUUUCCUAGAUAACUUUUUUAGAAGUACUCAGUUAAAUGAGAAAUCAUCACAAUUUUGAAGAGCUAAAGUAUAUCUUUCUAAAAAUAAAAAAAGUAGGGAUGUUAUUAUUAAAGUACCAAUGAGUGAAUAACUCUGGCACAGCAUAUAUACAUACUGAAGUGUGACUUGUGGAAUGAUCCCAUGUGUAGAGAAGGAUACAUUUGAAGAAAUCUUUCCAUUGAAAGGCCACAGCUGCAUUCACAAAUCAAUACUGUCAUUGUUAUUGUGAAUUAUUAUUUUUAUACUACAUAUAUUAUAGUACAAGUAUAUAGAACUGCUGGGUACUGUUACUUAAUGAUACUCAGAAAGCUAUUAUUUGUGAAAAAUUAAUUUUAUCUUUGUUAAAGAUGAAUAAGCCACUUUAUUUUAAGAAAAUUUACCACAUCCUAUUGGAGCAUGUGAGUAAUGGUCUACAUUUUUCUGAGAUGAUUUUAAAAGUUUUUCAUUUAGUGGAAUGCUUACCUUUUUUUCAGAGUUGGAAAAGGUAGCACUUGUCGUGAAUAGUAUAUUUUUUUCCCCGAAGUUGUAUCAGAAAGUUAGCUCUGGUUAGAGAAGUUAGUUUUAGAGUGAUACAAAAAAUAAAUAUCAUAGUUUAUUUUGUUUAAUAAAGAAUAGUCUUAAAGGGUAGCUAGUUGGGUAUUAAGUGAGCACUCACCAUUUGGUAUGUUGAUUUGAGUGAGGGGCAUGUGUUUUUUGUGCAAUUUGUUAUAAAUAGUUUUGUCUGUGUUUUAAAGAUUUGCCUCUUAUUUUGUGUUGCGAGUUUUUGAAAAAUUGGAUGUAUUUAUUUAAUUUUUUUCUUAACAUGAAAAUAAAAUAUGUAAAGCACCUUGUGUGGUGUCUCACAUAGGAAGAACUCAGUAAAUUUUAGUUAUUUCUAUGAAGAGCUUGAAUUAGUUUGGAGAUAUUUAACCUAAGUUUCUUUUGAUUUUAAGAAAGGGGGAGAACUGUAUAAUUUUUUCCUUAUCUAAAAUUGAGAAGUCACUACUUCUGAUAAUAGAGGACAGAUGGUUGUCAGUUGGGGCUUAUUCUUGGCAUAAGGUCUAUAUGCCUCAAACCCAGAAGAGGUAGCCACUAACUUCUGUUAAAGAACUUAGUGUUUCCUCUGUAUUGACAUUGGUAGGCUAGAUUAGUCUCUUCUUUACUCAGCUAUAAGGUAUAAGCUGGAAAAGAAAAAGGAAAAAGGAAUUACAGAGAGAAAAAGGUAGCUCAUUUCUCCAGGCCCCAAAAGAUGCUUAGCUAACACUUUUCUAUGCAUGAAGAGAAAAACGCACACAUUGUUUCAUAAGGAUGUGCAUACUAACACACAGACAUUGACUAAGCUUGUUAACUGUAAUAACAAGUCCCUUUGAAUCUGAAAGAAAACAAUGUUCAUGAUAGUGAUAAAAUUAAAGAUGUUUAAUACACCUUCUGAAGCAACACUAAUUUUAAAUACUAAAAUUAUAUUAAAUAUAAUUUAUAUUAUUCUUGUUUGAAAAUUGUAUGGUGUUGACAUUCAUUAGUUGGAACACAACACAUCCAAGCCAUGCCUGAUAAUUUGAGAAUCACAUAUUAUUGUCUAGACAACAGGUUCUCAGAUUAUACAGUAUUUAUCCUAAAUGUGCUGACAAAUAUUACAAAAGCACUGAAAAGUCAUGCAAUGUAGAGAUCACAGAACCUCGGUUGACUGCAAUUGGGUUCUAUGUACAAAAUUUCAUGUAGAGGUCUUAGUAUAAAAGUUGAUGUUACAUGGCAAAACUGUAAUGAAGACUUAGAUAACAAAUGCUUUGUCUCAGGAAGCUAGAGUUCCCAUGAUUAUCACUGACCAGUAUAGCCUUUUCAAUUGGAAAAUUAUGCUUUAUGUAAUGUCAAAAGCUUGUUUCACUGCCUUUUCCAGCAGUAAGAAUAUUGUCAAUGCUUUUUAAAAUUUCAGUCUUUGUGACUCAGAAGCCAUUCCGAAUUGACUCUGGGCAGGCCAUUCUGAGCUUUGUUUUCAUGACAUACAAUCUAAAUGAGUUGCAAGUUGACCUAAGAACCAUAGUUCCAUAACUAUCUUCCAAUCAAUGGGAUAUUAAGUAUGUUUUUUUCUGAGAGAUUUUUAUUAAACUGAUGGUGUACUUUAUAAUGAACACCAUUUUAGGAUAUAGAAGGAAUGUGUUUUUUUAAAACCCAUAUUACAACACAAAAAAUUUAUAAAUGACUUACUCAUUACCAAAGUAAAUAAAAUGAAAUAUGUCACUUAGUCACUUGCAGUUAAAUAUGCAUACUUAAAUGAAAGAGAAGGGAUGACUAGUGUACCAUGCAUGAAUUGUGCCUUAAUGUAUGUUGUAUGUGGACUUCACCUAUUUGUAUGCUAAGGUGGAAGAAGGGUUGAGAAAUGCUGUGUACACUUUGUUGGGAAGGCAGAGGGUGGGGAUAGCUUCCUUUCACAGUGCUUCUGUGGACAUCCAUUAACCAAGAAAUCCUGGUCUCUCCCCUUCCUCUUCCCUCUCACCUCCCCAGGAGAGGGAGUUGAGGAUGAAGAACUGGACAUGCAAGGUCCUUUCUCCCCUUUUUCUUGGAUUUGUCAUGCCUGCAGAGAACCUAUGUUGUGUUCUCUUGUCAGACCUGUAAGCUUUGUAGUGAAAGCUUUUUGCCUCUGCAAGAGGAGACCUGUGGUCAUGCAGACUGUCCAUGCCUCGGUGAGCUGGUCUGUCUGGUUCUGGGUUCAAUAGUAGUUGGCCAUUGUUGGCAUGUCCUCUAACCUUGAUUUUUUAGGUAGUAAAUCUGGCAUAAUUAAAUCUCCAUCUGCCUGUCCCUUUCUGUCUCCCUAGUGCCUCAGAAAUCAGGAGGAGACAAAGGGUAUUAGUUUAUGACUCCUCAACCCCAACAAAAAUUACUGCAGAUUAUAUUUCAAAGUAAGCAUGAGACAAACAUCGAAUUGGGAAAUUUCUUCAAAUCAUGGAAAUUCUAUUGCAAAUAGGUAAUGUUAAUUACAAGGGAACAUGUAAACAUUAGUUUAGGUAUUUAAAACGUCUACCAACUUGGAAUUGUGAUAGACUACAAUAAUUGGAAGGAAAGAAUGUGAAAAUUGUCAUACCCUCUGCCCACCCUGUCCACUUCCUUAAGAGUAUAAUUUACUUAAAAUAAAGUGCAGCCAUUAUAAGUUCACAGUUUGAGGAGGUUUGGCAAAUGUGAACAACCAUGCAAUCACCACUACUAUCCAGAUGUAGAAUAUUUACUUAGAUCACUCAAAAAAUUCUCUAAUGCUCAUUUGCAGUCAGCUUCCCUCCACCCCAAAAACCAGCACUAUUCAACUACUGAUCUGCUUUCUGUGACUACAGAUUAGAUUUGACUUUUGUAAAAUUUCAAGUAAGUACAUCAUACAAUAUGUACUCCGUGUCUGAUAUUUUUUGUUCAGCGUAACACUUUUGAAAUCCACCUCUGUUGAGAUUCAUCCAUGCUACUAUAUAAUCAGUAAUUGUGUUCCUUUUUAUUGCUGAGUAUUAUUCUGUUGUUUGGAUAUUCCACAAUUAGUAGUUAUUCAUGUCUGUUGAUGGAUAUCUAGCUUGUUGAACAUCUAAAUUUUGAUCUGUUAUGAAUAAAGUUGCAUAUACUUAUGUCACAAGUC